CCCGUCUGCUGAAACUUCUGCUGCAGUCAUCCCUCUCCCGAUUCCCGAAACCGAGAACAGGCGAGCGCAUCUAAGGCCUAGGCAGAGGAUCCCGGCGUGCGACGGCGAUGGGGGAGGCGGGCGCGAGCACCGGGGCGAGCGGCGGCGGGGAAGAUCCACAGAGGCUGAAGCGGAUCGCCGUGGCGGCGUACGACUACGAGAACGACGCGCGGUGGGUGGGGUACUGGUCCAACGUCCUCGUCCCGCCCCACCUCGCCUCCCGCCCCGACGUCGUCGAUCACUUCAAGCGCAAGUUCUACCAGCGGUACAUCGAUCCUGGUUUGGUUGUUGAGCCAAUGUCCUCCAUGACUUCAACUCAGUCAACCAGACCAGCAGCAAGGUCUUCAUCUACACCAUCCUCUGAUAAUGUCAGACCUCAUGACUCAGGAUCUAGUGCGAGAUCAACUGCUGCCUCCCAACCACCACCAGCUGAGAGGAGUGGAAAUUCUUUACGGCUAGAUGGACGGACAAUACACUUCUCUAUCAAUGCCUGGAUACUGGUUGUUGCUAGUCUUGGUGUAGUUCCUAUUCUACCAAACCAUAUCUCAAGUAAAGCAUACAGGCUUUCAUUGCUAGGAACAAUCUGCUCGUCCAUGUAUUCUUUAUUCUGCACUUAUGGGAAACCAAGGGCAUGGAACAUGCCUGCAAUUCAGCCUUGGUUGCAAUCUAUAAUUGUAGCCAAGGACUUUGUUCAUUUGAUGUUCUCUCUUAUGAUGUUCACGUCUAAUGUGCACUUUAAGGUUUCUCUACUUCCUGUGCUUUGCUGGGCACUUGAUCAUGUUGCUCGAUUCCUAAGGCAUAAUUUUACACGCUCUUCUUUAUACAGGAAGUACUUGGAGGACCCUUGCCUGUGGGUAGAGACAAACAACACUACACUCAGCCUACUUUGUUCAAAUGCUGAAAUUACCCAGGGGUAUCUUAUGAUCACCUCAAGCAUUAACUUCAGACGCAACAUAAUCCAGACAUUCAUGUACUUUCAUCUAUUGAAGCUGAUGUACCAUGCUCCUGUGACAUCUGGCUACCACCAGAGCGCGUGGGCGAGAAUAGGCCGGGCGAUAAACCCAUACAUUUAUCGCUAUGCGCCAUUUCUCAAUACACCCAUUUCGGCAGUUCAAAGAUGGUGGCUGAGGUAGAAAAGCAUGGUCCCUGGGUACCCUUUCAGCAGAAGAAGACAUGUCUACACUCUACGCUGAGCUUCCCCCUCAAUUUUUUUAGAAGAUGCUCAGCACGUCGCAUGCGCAGCGCUCCAUUCUUAUGCAACAUUGUAUUCUGUUUCAUGUCUCACUGAACCACUGAAGGCAUAACAUCGUAUAAAUUUGUUUGUGCAA